GAGAGAUAUCCACCAAGCGCCUGCUGCUGCUCUCUCCUGUUCAAGAUUUUCUCUUUCUAUCUCUACAAGCAAACAACCGCGCACCACACUAACUCAAAACCCGCAUCACUCCUCACUCUAUCACCUCAUCACACACUACACACAGUGAGCCACAACACACACAAAUUCACAGCACAAAAAAAGAGUCUUUCCUCACAAAAAAUGCAUUACGUUUCGGAUAAGAAUUCUUUCACUGUUAUGGUGAGUUCAUCAAUGGCUUAUUCUCACAAGCUGCGGUGCUAGCUGCUUUCAUAAACAAAAACAAAAAAAAAAUACUCUUUUUUCCAUGAGCCCUUUUCGUCCUUCAACACUUUUUAUUGGAAUAGUUGUUUGAAAUGUUAUUGCAUGGCUGCUUUUGGCUUGGGCAGUGAUGUCUUCCUUUGUUGCUUUGUUUUGUUAUGCUGGUAAAGGGUUGUGAUGAAAUGUGUGUUUGUAGGUAGUUUUGUGCUUUUGUGAUGAAUUUGGGAGCAUUGUGUUUGAUGAGAGUGAAAUAGGAGUUGCAUAUAUCUUCAAAAUGAAGUCUUUUUCUUGUUCUGAUUUAGUAGUUUUGCUAUCUUUCUUCUUCUUGAAUUGAAAUUAUUCAAUCUUGAAUUCCUCUUGGCUCUUACCAAGUCUCGUUCUUGUCUAUUUUGGGGAUAGUAAUUUGUAAAUAGCAUAUUUUAUUAUUGCCACAAUUCAAAAAUCUUGAGAUUGAGCUUUCUCUUGCAUUGCAUCAUAGAGCUAUUGGGCUCAUGUAAGUUGCAUUGGUAGAGGUCUUCUAAUGCCAAGUUUAAGCAUUGUCAAAAUCGAAAACCAACAGAGCAUCCAAGCUGGAAUUCCCAAGUUUUGCUCGAUCAAGACAUAGUUCAAUUCUCAUUUUUAAAGUGUUGUAUUUGGCAAUUUUGGAGUGACAACCAUUUAUAAGUGAAUACAUGGAUCAAAGGGAAGCUAUAACGCUGCAAGGUUCGGCCUCCUAUUAUCUUCAUCAAGGAAAUGCAGAGUCUGUCAUGGGACUACAGGGAUCCCCUGGCAUGAAUUCGAUGUCUAAUCCUGGUUUGCACUAUCAAACCAACACCGGGAGGAAUAUGAUUGGAUCAUCAUUACCUUUAGAUACUUCAUCGACAAUGUCACCUCAUGGAAUGAGUGUUGGCCCACCUCCUGCGCUUGGUGUAGGUCCGCCUCCUGCUAUGAUGCAAGGUGAGCCCGUUCGUAGGAAAAGGGGAAGGCCGCGGAAGUAUGGACGUGAUAGUGCUGUUUCAUUGGCAUUGUCACCCUCCACAUCUAAUCCCGUGCCAUUUGUGAGGCCAGCUCAGAAGCGGAGAGGAAGGCCACCAGGGACGGGUCGAAAGCAUCAAGAAAUCCCCCUUGGCGGAUCUAUCUUUACCGGGCCUGGAAAGCUUGUCCCGCAUAUCAUCAAUGUUGCUGUUGGAGAAGAUAUCAAAAGAAAGGUACUGUCAUUUGCACAGGGGCGACAGAGCACAGUCAUCUUAUCAGGAAAUGGUACAAUAUCAGCUGUAAAUAUUAGAAUAUCAAGUUCUGGUGGGAGCGUCACAUACGAGGGACGCUUUGAUAUUUUGAGUUUAACUGGUUCGUAUGCACAAAAUGAUGUGAAUGCGCCUCACGGCCCAGUCGGCUGUCUGAAUGUUACUCUUUCUGGUCCUGAUGGGCGUGUCAUAGGUGGUGGAGUUGACGGUGUCAUGCUUGCUGGCAGCCCUGUUCAGGUUGUCGUGGCAAGCCUGCUACCGCGCACCUCAAAGACGAAAAACAUUGCUGGGGGAACUUCAGCAGAUUCUGAAGAUCAUACAGUUGGGAAUCUAGUCAUUCCAGCUAAUGCUUAGCCUAGUUCAGAAUCUUAGCUCAGUUGGGUAUGGAUAGAUAGAAAUCCAUUGUCUUUAAUUUGUUCAAGUUUUCAACUUCAACAUCCCAGCGACGUCUGGAUGAGACUGCAUUAUUGAUUUAGUCUUCAGCAGAGCAUCUUGACUCUUAACCAUGUUGCUACUUUACCUGACAUAGGUUGCACUAGUUCAGAUCUUUGUUAAUGAUUCAGUUCUUCAUUGUAUA